UGAUGUGGGAGGCUGGGGCAAGGACCCCGCUGCGGGGCCGGAGGAGUGGGCAGAUGACCAGAGAGAUGCUUUCAAGUUGGCGGAAGAGGGGGCUAAACGCCCAGGCACAGCUGCUUAGUGCGCGCCAAGAGGGAUUCGGGUCCCUGGUUCCCCCCAGACCCGGGACCCGGCGUGCGGGCAGGGUUGAGCAGCCGGCGGAGCGGAGCAGUUUCCUCCGAGAAAGUUGAGGAUGGAAACCUUAUUUUCUUUCUGUUCCCGCGGUACUAUGGUCCGGAGGGUGCCGCCCGAGGUCCCCAGUGUGGAGGAGCUUAGUGGGUCGCUGCGCCCAUGGGCUGAGCUCCUCCAUCCUCGGCUGAAAUCAACGAAUCACGCAAAUCUUCCCAGCGUCUUCUAGGAAAAUCUUCCCAGCCAAAACUGAGAAAACUCUCUCUGUGCCCUCCUCGAUUGUUCUACAAUGAGUGCCAAAUCUGCCAUCAGCAAGGAAAUUUUUGCACCUCUCGAUGAAAGGAUGCUGGGAGCCGUCCAAGUCAAGAGGAGGACAAAGAAAAAGAUUCCUUUCUUGGCAACUGGGGGUCAAGGCGAAUACUUAACUUAUAUCUGCCUGUCAGUGACAAACAAGAAACCCACACAGGUGUCCAUUACAAAGGUCAAACAGUUUGAAGGCUCCACAUCGUUCGUGCGGAGAUCACAGUGGAUGCUUGAGCAGCUUCGCCAAGUUAAUGGCAUCGAUCCUAAUCGGGAUUCUGCAGAGUUUGAUUUGUCGUUUGAAAAUGCUUCUGACCAGUGGGUAGCCAGCACAGCCUCAGAAAAAUGCACCUUCUUCCAGAUCCUCCACCACACCUGUCAGAGGUACCUCACGGACAGGAAGCCGGAGUUUAUUAACUGCCAAUCCAAAAUCAUGGGAGGAAACAGCAUCCUUCAUUCAGCGGCUGAUAGUGUGACCAGCGCUGUACAGAAAGCAAGUCAGGCCUUGAAUGAGCGUGGGGAGCGGUUAGGCCGAGCAGAGGAGAAGACAGAGGACCUGAAGAACAGCGCCCAGCAGUUUGCCGAAACUGCACACAAGCUUGCCAUGAAGCACAAAUGUUGAGGAACUGCCUAUCCUGGUGACCCUCUUAAGAGAAAUGGAAGAGUUUGUUCAGCAGUUUUUCCAAGAAUUCUGGACCUCCACUUGCUUCUUUUAUCCAAUAUAUGGACAUUUAGAUUUUUUGUUUUUCCUUUUCAGAUGUUAAUAUAAAAAAAAGAUGUUGUAUUUAGACAUUUCCCUAAUGAUCCUGCUAAGAGUGCUGCAAUAGCAAUGGCUUCAUUUUGUUUUGUCUUUUCUCACCGUGUGAAUGUGUAUGUUUUCAUAUGUUUUCCCUUUUCUUAAGAUUUUUUGGGGGUGGGGGUAGUUUGAAUAUGAAAUUCGGACCAAAUGUUAUACUGAGUUGGGUCUAAACUGUCAUCAUGAAUUUUUUUUCUUGAUAUUAAGCGGGAAGACAUUUUAAUAUGGUGACAUCAUAUGUUAUUGUCCCUGGUUGGAAAUAAAAGUCAAGCAGUGAUUGAUUGGUUUCACUCAGCCUCCUGGCUACUCUUAAUUUGAAGGUUAAGAUUCUGUAUCCUGAGACAUAAAUCUAUAUUAUGGAAAACAAUUGGGUUUAUCAGGGGAAACAGCAGUCUUAGAUUUUGCUUUUUAUAUAGUAAUCUUUUGCAUGAGCCAUCAUCAGCAUUCAAAAAAAACAAAUCAGAAUCACAGAUAGAAAUCUCUUUUCUGAGCUACAGUUUAAAUAUUUUCACUACCUGUUUCCAGGCUGAUUAUUUGGAAUUAUCAUAUGAAGAUUUAAAAUUUGAGAUUAAAGACCUAAGGAAAAGCCUAUUUAAAAACCUGUACACUCAUGGCUGUUUAUUUCUUUUGUCAUUGUCCCAAAUUCCAGUAGCUGGUAUUGAAAAGAGCUUGGAUUUUCAUCAAGAAUUGAUUUGUCCAGAUAAAGGUCUGUGUAGAUGAUAAUGUGAAAAGAUACUACAUUUAAAAUCUUUCUUCUUUUUCUUUUUUACAAAGUCAUGUCUAUUUUAGACAUAACGUCCUUGGGAAAUGGCUUUUAGUUUCUUGGUAUCUGAUUUUUGGAACUUUUGAUGUUGUUAUUGAUAUCUAUUUAUUUAAUGUAAUUUAAAGUGUGGGUUUCUUGACAAAUUGUAGUUCAUGGCAAUUGAAGCUUGCCCAGCCUGACAUAAAAUAGUAUACUCUUGAAGCCUUUACACUGUAGUCAGAUUGAAAAACAUUGGUUUACACACCCAAUUUUGUAUUACUCACAGUAGUCUUGGGUUUAAAGUCUAGGAGUUUGUUUCUUAGAAGAUUAAAAUGGUAGACAUAAGAGCUAUGCUUUUGUAUUCUUGAAACAGAAGGCAAGCUGCACACCCAGGCACAUUGCCAGCCUCCCACUAUAGCGCCUUGAUUCUUAAGCUGCUUGAAUCUUCAGGAUCCUUUCUGUCCCUUCCUACUCAUUGAGCCAAUUGAGUCUACAUGUAUUAUAGCCUCUUACAUAGCAGUGUAAAAUGACUUUGGGAUUAUUUAUGCUCAUUUAAAUAGCUUAAAUUCUCCUGAUAAAGUGGUUCCCAGGGAGAUAGGAAGUUGGGCUAUUGGGGAAAAAAAUUAUCUUAGGCACUACAUAUCAAAAGGGUAUGGGAUUUGCUGGAGACAAAUUUCUGAAUCCUCUUAGGGAGAUGAUCCAAUUCAAGAGAACUCUGUAAAAUUUAUUGGAAAACUAUAUAAGUUUACUAUAUUAUUUUGUACUUUUCUUUUGGUGCCCAAAAAGUUUAAAGAAAAAAAAAAACUUGUUAUCUGGUGAGUGCCAUUACAGGCAUUUAUAAUUUCUAAGGAAAGCCCAAAAUAUCAUUCCAAAUAGGUUUUGUUUGCAGACCUCAAUUCAGAAAACAGAGAGAGAGGGAGAGAAGGAGGGAGGGAGGGAGGGAGGGGAAAGAAGAAGGGAGGGAGAGACAGACAGAUUGAGAUUCAUCUUCCCAAAUUGGAUUCUAGCUUCAGAGAUAGUUGAUAUAAAUAAUUGAAAAGGUAAAUCAAAAACCCCUGACAAUAGGCCAAACUCAAAAAUACAAUUUAUUGCCAACUAUCUCACAUUAGUGUUUGCAGAGCUGCUUCUAGAGUAGCAGAGGAUGAGGUCAUAAGCAUACUAAUACUAUGAAAUUUGAGUUUCUUCCUCCCCGGUCGAAUUAUGGUAGUUACUCUUCGUAAAUAUAAGUAUUCCACAUCUUGCCUGCUUUCCUCACUCUCUGUUUAUCCUUUUAGACUUGUCUUAUUGGAAAUAGGCUGGAUUAGAAGAAAGCAUAUCUGAAUAUUUAUUAGCUUCUUCUAUUAAUUUACUUUCAGGCUGUGGUCAUGCCCCUGACCUCCCAGUGUCAGUCCUACGUAGGCCUCCACCCCACAGAGAGGCCAGAACAGCAAUCCCUGUACCCUCCUAGACUUCCUGACCUCUUGCACAGGAGCCCUGUGAUGACACCUGAAGUUCUUUGCAGCACCCUUUGUAGAAGGUGCUGCAAUACAAAAUAUUGAUACAAUCUAACCUAGAGAAAAUUGCUAAAAUGACUCACAUUUUUUAGGACCAAUCCAUUUGGUUUAGCUUUGCUAGAAGACAUUUAAUUUCCAUUCCUUUUAUUUCUGCACUUCACUAUGGGUUUUCAGGAUACUAUAUUUCUGUGGAGAACUCCUUAAAUUGUAUUGACAAUGCAUAAAGAAAAGAAAUUUCCCAGUGUUAUCACUUCCUGGAACGUAGUUGUAGUAUUCUUCACUAGUAUUAUUAGAUUUCUGUGUACAGGAAGUAUACAGUUAUUCAGGUUAAUGUUUCAUAUUAAAGAAUGUAUUUGUAAAAUGUAACAAGAUCAGUAGUUAACUUUUUUUAAGCUCUGAAAAAAUUAAGUUGAUGUGUUAGACUUCAAAUUACAGUGAAAUCUGUUUUAAUACUACUUUUGUGGCUAGCAAAGGUUGUGCAUUUAUGUAAAAAUAUUUACAGAAUGCCCUAAAUAUGGCAUAUUAAAGAUAGAUUUCUCUUUUAAUUUUUAGAAUUGUGACACUGCUGAUGUCUGUUGUACAGUUAUUCUUCAGAAGCUCUCAAAGGUGUCAAAUAAUUUUUGUUUCUUUCAGAGACAAGUAACACCUGCUCAUGAUUCAGUAUAACAGCAAACUAAUUUUGUCAUUAAAUAUUUUAACUCUGUGAUGAAA